AUGUUUCUCACUGUUCUCAGUCAGCCACUUUCAAAGGUUUGCGGAUGUUUCUCACUGUUCUCAUCCGUCACUUUCAAAGGUUUGCCGGAUGUUUCUCACUGUUCUCAGUCCGUCACUUUCAAAGGUUUUCCGGAUGUUUCUCACUGUUCUCAGUCAGCCACUUUCAAAGGUUUGCCGGAUGUUUCUCACUGUUCUCAGUCCGUCACUUUCAAAGGUUUGCCGGAUGUUUCUCACUGUUCUCAGUCAGCCACUUUCAAAGGUUUGCCGGAUGUUUCUCACUGUUCUCAGUCAGCCACUUUCAAAGGUUUGCCGGAUGUUUCUCACUGUUCUCAGUCAGCCACUUUCAAAGGUUUGCCGGAUGUUUCUCACUGUUCUCAGUCAGCCACUUUCAAAGGUUUGCCGGAUGUUUCUCACUGUUCUCAGUCAGCCACUUUCAAAGGUUUGCCGGAUGUUUCUCACUGUUCUCAGUCCGUCACUUUCAAAGGUUUGCCGGAUGUUUCUCACUGUUCUCAGUCCGUCACUUUCAAAGGUUUGCCGGAUGUUUCUCACUGUUCUCAGUCAGCCACUUUCAAAGGUUUGCCGGAUGUUUCUCACUGUUCUCAGUCCGUCACUUUCAAAGGUUUUCCGGAUGUUUCUCACUGUUCUCAGUCAGCCACUUUCAAAGGUUUGCCGGAUGUUUCUCACUGUUCUCAGUCAGCCACUUUCAAAGGUUUGCCGGAUGUUUCUCACUGUUCUCAGUCCGUCACUUUCAAAGGUUUGCCGGAUGUUUCUCACUGUUCUCAGUCAGCCACUUUCAAAGGUUUGCCGGAUGUUUCUCACUGUUCUCAGUCCGUCACUUUCAAAGGUUUUCCGGAUGUUUCUCACUGUUCUCAGUCAGCCACUUUCAAAGGUUUGCCGGAUGUUUCUCACUGUUCUCAGUCAGCCACUUUCAAAGGUUUGCCGGAUGUUUCUCACUGUUCUCAGUCCGUCACUUUCAAAGGUUUGCCGGAUGUUUCUCACUGUUCUCAGUCAGCCACUUUCAAAGGUUUGCCGGAUGUUUCUCACUGUUCUCAGUCCGUCACUUUCAAAGGUUUGCCGGAUGUUUCUCACUGUUCUCAGUCAGCCACUUUCAAAGGUUUGCCGGAUGUUUCUCACUGUUCUCAGUCCGUCACUUUCAAAGGUUUUCCGGAUGUUUCUCACUGUUCUCAGUCCGUCACUUUCAAAGGUUUGCCGGAUGUUUCUCACUGUUCUCAGUCCGUCACUUUCAAAGUUUCACUUGAAGCUCAGCAGUGGAAAUAUUUUUUUCCUGUAAAUGAAUCUAUCAAACCCGCUUAA